CCCACUGACCCAUAAACGCAUCUCCCGUCAUUCUGGAGUAACCUGCCCCGGUCUGCGUCAACAGCCGCUCCGCCGUGUCCGUUUGUUUGUUUGUCGGGUUGGUUCGGCUGCUGGUUCGGCUGCUUUGCACAUAAAGGCCCGGUGUGAGUGUGUUUGCUGAGUCACUGGUUCACCUGUAAACUGUCCCGGUUUUCACUUCCUGUUCGUCUGAUGAGCGUCUGACUGACUGCAAAGCCUCCAUCCAUCCUCCCAGCCUCUACAUCUACAGCUGCACUAUGAGUGUAUGAUGUCUGAGAGCAGCUGCUAUGGCCUGCAGCAGCGGUCAGAGCAAUGCCGAAACUCUGGAGGGGUUCCACGAGGUGAACUUGGCCUCGCCCACCACACCUGACCUUCAGAACCAAGCGGAGCAGCGCACCCCUGCCCGUCACAGCACACCACCCACCUCUCUCUACCGCACCCACUCUCUAGGAGCCCCCCCUCCUGGCCUCCCCACCUCCCUGCGGGCUGACCAGCUCCCCACCCAGCCGGUUUACUCCACGCCGCGGCACAGCCACAAUGGAAGCGUGCCAGGCCUGGAGGCGGAGUCCGCCGAGGGCAACUUCCUGUCCGGAGAGGACGGGGAGGAGUGCAGCGCUCUGAGCGACAGCCUGUCGCGGCUGCGCAGCCCGUCGGUGAUGGAGGUCCGAGAGAAAGGAUACGAGAGGCUGAAGGAGGAGCUGGCCAAGGCCCAGAGGGAGCUGCUGUUGAAGGAUGAGGAGUGUGAGAGGUUGUCUAAAUUCAGAGAUCAGCUCGGCCAGGAGCUGGAGGAGCUCACCGCCAGUCUCUUCCAGGAAGCUCACAAAAUGGUCAGAGAAGCCAACGUCAAACAGGCAUAUGCUGAGAAACAACUGAAAGAAGCUCUGGGCAAGAUCGACGUGCUGCAGGCGGAGGUCCAGGCCCUGAAGACGCUGGUGCUCUCCUCCCCCACCUCCCCCGUGGGCGAACUCCCCUCUGCAGGAGGCGUGAAGACUCCCUUCAGGAAGGGCCACAGCAGGAACAAGAGCACCUCCUCCGCCAUCCUGGGGACGCAGCCCGACCCGUCGGCCACGCAGCCCAUCGUACGGGAGUGUAGAGAGGUGGACAGUCAGCUGUUCAGCGAGUUCAAGGCGUGGAAGGAGGAGCCCACGCUCGACCGGAGCUGCUGCUUCCUGGAGAGAGUUUACCGCGAGGACAUUUACCCCUGCCUCACCUUCAGCAAGAGCGAGCUGGGUUCCGCCAUCUUGGAAGCCGUGGAGCAGAACACGCUCAGUGUGGAGCCGGUCGGUUUCCAGCCGCUGCCCGUGGUCAAAGCCUCGGCGGUGGAGUGUGGAGGACCAAAUGGACGAAGGGCCGAGCUCGUCACAAAAUGUGCCCUCAGCGGUCAGACCAAAACCUGUAAGCACAGAAUCAAGUUUGGAGAUUCGUCCAACUAUUACUAUGUGUCUCCCUACUGUAGAUACAGAAUCACAGCAGUGUGUAAUUUCUUCACCUACAUUCGGUACAUCCACCAAGGGCUAGUCAAACAGCAGGACGCGGAGCAGAUGUUCUGGGAGGUGAUGCAGCUCCGCAGGGAAAUGUCCUUCGCCAAGCUCGGCUACUACAAAGACCAGCUGUGACGGACGUACUGACAGCCUCGCCCUCCAAUCAACAGCAGACUCUGUCCUGAAGCGCC